UUGCGUUUUUCGUUAUCAUAGUUCAUACCCGUAUUAUUGUACUACUCUUUGGUUAUCAGCAUUCAGCAAUCGUCGAGAUGUACAUGAAGUUGUACUGUUUUUAAUUUUGAAUAUCUUACGUUUUAUAUUAUCACUAUUUAAGAGGCUUUUAAACGUUACUACAUUGUAUUUUUCUAUAAACUCUUGGUAGGAGUUUUUUUAUCAUGGAAGAAUUAAAGCCUGUUAACCCUGAAGACCUGCAACAGCUGAAAGAACGGAUGAAAUUAAUAGCAGAUGCUGAUCCAGCACAAUACCAUAAUGAUUAUUCCUUAAAGAGAUAUUUACGAGCAUUUAAAACGGUUGACAAAUCUUUUCAGGCAAUAUUGAAAACAAAUAAGUGGAGGGCAGAGUAUGGUGUAGAUCAGCUUCAUGAGAAUAAGGAACUUAUUGAGAAAUAUAAAGAUAAGGCUAUGGUACUGAGACACCGUGAUAUUGUUGGACGCCCCAUUGUUUACAUUCCUGCUAAAAACCAUAGUUCUAGUGAUAGAAAUAUAGACGACUUAACAAAGUUCAUUGUAUAUUGUUUGGAAGACGCCAGUAAAAAAUGUUUUGAGGAAGUUGUUGACAAUCUAUGUAUUGUGUUUGACCUUAACAACUUUACACUCUCAUGUAUGGACUAUCAGGUGCUAAAGAACCUUAUAUGGCUCCUGAGCAGACACUAUCCAGAGAGACUUGGAGUUUGUCUUAUCAUCAAUGCUCCCACAUUCUUUUCCGGCUGCUGGGCAAUUAUAAAAGGAUGGCUUGAUGAAAACACAGCAGGUAAGGUGACCUUCGUGAAUUCAGAAAUGGAUUUAUGCCAGUAUCUAAUACCAGAUAUCUUGCCUACUGAUAUUUAGAAAUAACAUCACUAAGAUUACAGAAUAGUUUUUAAAUGUCUAUAAAUAAUAUUUCAUUGAUCAUAACUAGUCAAAAGUUUGAGAGAAACUUUUUCUUUUUGUAAAAUACAUCUUACCAUCCUAUAACCAAAAAUACUUAAGGGUACUACUACUUUAUGUAAAGUCUUUAUUAAAAGGUAUUAAAUAAACUAAAAUAAUGUAAUGUCUUAAAUUUGUCAUAAAGUAAUUCUGAACAUAGAUAUAUAGCAAUAGAUAGAGAGCUACCCACUACAGUGGAUUUGUUUCUCAUGUAAAUAAUGAAAAAAUAAUUGAAGCUCAUGCCCCAUUUAUUACAAAUAAAAUGUUAAAAGGAGUCUAUUUUUUAACAGUCUUGUGAACCAAUCACCAAACUCAACUGCCUCUAAAUGUAGAUGACUCGAUGGUCACUAGAUAUGUUUAGAUUAACAGAGGCGCUAGAAGUAAUUUAGGAAUAUUAAUAAUUGUUAAACUAUGUUCCUUAAUGAAAUGAUAAAUAAAGUAUGGUAAUUUUUUAUAAGGCAGUAUAUGACAGUUGUAAUAAAAGCAAAUAAAGGAUUUGUAAAAACUAUGUACUGUAUUUUUGAUGUGUGCAAAUAUUAUGCAUCGGAAGUCACUUAAAAAUUAAUGCUCAAAAUUAUAUUAUAUUAUAACGAAAAUUGUUGACAACAGUAGUAAUUCAUGAUAAUUCUUAUUUCAUGUUAUAAUAUUAUAUGUAUCUGUAAGUUUUAAAAACCAAUUUCCGAAUUUUUGAAAACAAAUUUCCAAAAUUGUUUAAAUAUUUUUAUGAAUUAUAAAUACAUUGCUAUAGUACAUUAAACAAUUAAUUAUUCAAAAAUUCGGUUUUAGAAUAUUAUUGCAGUUUUCGGAAUUUCUAACAUUGCAAAUAUACUCAUUGCAUUGAAAUGGCAAAUUAUUUAUUUAUGUAUAUUAAUACAUAACAUUGUAUAUUAUGUUACAGUCGAAACCCGUUUUCCCUAGAAGUAAGAACUAAAUACCUUUGUUUCAGUUGGUUCUAAUUGCGGAAAACGCGUUAGAAACUAGAAUAAACUUUGUUUCAUAUAGUCGAUUCUGAGACGGUGGCUCAAAAUCAAAUUGAUAACAGCAUUUGUUUUUUAUAUAUAAUAUUAUGAUAAAAAAUAAUCUAAAUAAAAGAAUUAUGACUACAUAAUAGUGUAAGACGAUUUUGUUGAUAAAUUUUCUUUAUAUUUUAGGUUUUUACGCAUUCUAGUGAAAAACGGGUUUUAACAAUAACAUGUACAUAUUAUAUUAUAUAAAAUUAGUAAGCUAAGACAUAGUUGUUGUUACACUUUAAUUAUAUUUUCUUGUUUUUAUUAUACUAUGGUCUUAAAUGUAAAACAUUAUAGUAUGUUUCGUUAUUCAUAAUACUAUAUAACAUUUUAAUGGUUGUUAAUCUAUAAUAUCUACUAAGUUAAACCCC